AUUAACAAAGAAGAAAGGGAAAAUGGUUUUAAUAACGACGGGAGUGGAGGAUUAAGCAACAUUCAACACUCAACGACAACGAAGAACGUCGACAUUGGCAUUGCCGGGUCGGGUUUCAUGCGAUUCGGGCUUGAGAUCUGAUUUGAUCGACUGGUGCUGCCAAAUCUAUCGACCGACAGUAGGGAUUUGCAUUUACACAGAGUGUAACAGUAGAGUCAGAAGCACUGGAGACGGUACAGGAGACUGCCCAGCCGUUGAAGCCGCCGGGAAACGGUCAGAUCCGGUAUCGAUCGCCAUCGGCCGCUGAGCUCUUGGAGGCACAACACCCCGCGCCGCCGCCGCCGGCUCCGGCCGAUCAAAUGGAGAAGCAACUUAAGCGCAACCGCGGCCAGCACGAUUCCGUGUCCGACGUGAUCCAGAGGUACCGCGGAGUCCUCCUAAUCAUCUCUGUGCCUCUGCUGCUCAUUUCGUUCGUCCUCUUCGUCAUGCCUGCCCGAUCCCCGGCUGAUUCCAUGGAGUCGCUGAAUCGUAAAUUCUCUCCCGACUUCGGAUCUAAGAGGUACGCCGUCAUCUUCGACGCCGGAAGCUCAGGCAGUAGGGUCCACGUCUUCUGUUUCGAUAAGAACCUCGAUCUGGUUCAAAUAGGCAAUGAACUCGAACUUUUUGAGCAGUUAAAACCAGGUUUGAGUUCUUACCCAAAGGACCCUAAGGCUGCUGCAAAUUCUCUUGCAUCACUUCUUGAGAAGGCAGAGGCUGUAGUUCCUGCUGAAAUGCGCCCCUACACCCCAGUCAAAGUUGGGGCCACUGCAGGUUUGAGGCAAUUGGAAGGUGAUGCACCUGACAAGAUCCUGCAAGCGGUGAGGGAUUUUCUAAAGAAGAAAAGCAACUUCAACUCAAGAUCUGAUUGGGUUACUGUUUUGGAUGGAAAUCAGGAAGGUGCUUACCAGUGGGUAACCAUCAAUUAUCUAUUAGGAAAGUUGGGUAAAGAGUACUCUGACACUGUUGGAGUAGUUGAUCUGGGAGGUGGAUCUGUACAAAUGGCUUAUGCCAUCUCAGAGUCAGAUGCUCAAAAGGCGCCAAAGGCAUCAAAAGGAGAGGAUAGAUAUGUGCAGGAUAUGUAUCUCAAGGGGAAAAAAUAUCACCUUUAUGUCCACAGCUAUUUGCACUAUGGUUUGCUUGCAGCUCGAGCUGAGAUUUUGAAGGUCACUGAAAAAUCUGGCAAUCCUUGCAUCUUGGCAGGACAUCAAGGGUCUUAUAAAUAUGGAGGAGCAGUUUAUUCAGCAUCACCAUCGCCUUAUGGUUCAAGCAUGACGAGUUGUAGGGAUGUGGUUAUUAAGGCUCUCAAAGUCAACGGAUCAGCUUGCACUCACAUGAAAUGCACAUUUGGAGGGGUGUGGAAUGGUGGUGGAGGCAAUGGUCAAAAGAAUCUGUUUGUUGCUUCAUUUUUCUUUGACAGAGCUUCUGAGGUUGGAAUUGUUGCUGAUCCAAAUGCGGCUGUUGCAAAAGUUCGUCCAGUUGAUUUUGGAAGUGCGGCUUCAAGUGCUUGUUCAACAGGGCUCGAGGAUGCCAAAUCCAAAUUUCCUCGUAUUGAUGCAAAUAACUUGCCAUACUUGUGUAUGGAUCUUACUUACGAGUUCAGUUUGCUGGUUGAUGGCUUCGGCAUAGAUCCUCAACAAUACAUCACAUUGGUAAAGAAAGUCAAAUACCAAAACUCCCUUGUCGAAGCGGCUUGGCCACUGGGCAGCGCCAUUGAAGCAGUUUCGUAAGUGCACAAGGCCUUACAUCACACGUAGAGUUGCAGUCUACUACCGGCCAGUUAUGCUAUGAAGUGCUGAUAGAUUAUCUUUCCAGUUCCCACCAUCAGCGCGUCUGUGAAGAGAAAUUUUGGAUGUUUUGGUAUUGUGGGUGGUCGAUAAGAAUAAUGAUAAAUCUUUGUUGUGAUUCUGAUUUAUAAUUGAUGAAGUAAAAUAUUUAGCAGUAUUCAUUCUUGUAAAGGCUACUGGACUCUACCAUUCUGAAACUUAUGCUAUACGGAGGCUUGAUUUUUUGGUUCAA